AUGGGACUGUUCUUCAAGUGCCUUCCUCAGCAAACAUUGUGUCGCAAGGGGGAACGUUGCACCGGCGGAAAGCUGAGCAAGGAGCGGCUCACAGUCAUGCAUGCCUUCCGCAUACCAGGCCACACCAGUGAUACCUUGCCUGACUGCGCUCGAAAUGAAGGUGAAGACUGCCUCCAAAUGGAGAGCGAUGAAGCAAGGCUAGUGCUUUCUGCACUCCAAGCACACAACACAGCUGCUGACCUCAGUGAAUUUGCGGCUGCCGAUGAUAACCUCUGCGUGUGCAGGGAAGACACCCUGGACGACUUGGUGGCUGAGGUGCUGCCAGCACAGUACAGCAGCGAAAGUGAAGAGGAAUCAGAAGAGCAAUCCUCUGUGACAGCAGCACAGGCCUUCCACUACCUUGCCGAGGUCCGCAAAUUUCUGACUGUAGAAGAAAAUUCUCAAGAACAACUGGCUGCUCUUAAUGGAAUAGAGAACUUUGUUCUUAAUGCACAUGCUAGGUUCCAGGACUGCUCUGUUGCAGAAAAGGAGCCACCAGUGCUCAGUCUUCCCAGGUGGCACCCCUCCAAAAAACUGACUGCAGCCAACGCUGCUUAG